AAUCGGUGGUCUCAAACAUCGCUAGAAGUUACUUACUCUGCUGUCAUUCACAGAGGACUCUUCAUCACCAUCCAUGAUAGAGGCCACAUUGCAACCCUGCUCAACUCGUGGCCUGAAGAGGACAUAAGAGCCAUCGUGGUGACAGACGGCGAGCGUAUCCUCGGCCUCGGGGAUCUGGGCAGCUAUGGCAUGGGCAUUCCCGUGGGGAAAUUGGCUCUGUACACAGCCUGCGGCGGAGUUCGGCCGCAGCAGUGCCUCCCCGUGUUGCUGGACGUGGGAACGGACAACCAGAACCUGCUCAACGAUCCCCUCUACAUCGGCCUGAAGCACAACCGAAUCCGAGGGAAGGAGUACGACGCGCUCAUCGACGAAUUCAUGCAGGCCGUGACGGACAAGUAUGGAAUGAAUUGCCUGAUUCAGUUUGAGGACUUCGCCAACAGCAAUGCCUUCCGCAUCCUCAAUAAAUACAGGAAUCGCUACUGCACCUUCAACGACGACAUCCAAGGCACGGCCUCUGUAGCGGUGGCCGGACUGCUAGCAGCUUUGAAGAUCACCAAAGACAAACUGUCGAACCACACCUUCAUUUUCCAAGGCGCUGGCGAGGUGACUAUUCUUAUUCCUUUUU